AUGAAGGGAUUAAGCGACUCGCCACAACAAUUUGUCCCAAAACGUGCCGUUAUUGUUGCCUUACUCCUGCAUGGAAUUGUCCGGAUAGCCCGUGUGAAAGGUGUAUACGUCUUCAAGUAUUCCAUGACAAAUCAAUCAGUAUCAUCUCAUCCUAUGAUCAAAAUUGUGUUCGUGGUUGAGGACGCCAAUAUUAUCAUGUGUCGACGUUAUAUUAUGACAAUCGAACUCACAGCACAGCAUUUGCGUCACUUGUUCGAUGGAUUCAACGAUCCCUGA